GGGAGUAGGCAUGUAGCCCGACUCUGCGGCACGCAGCAUUAUAUCAAGGAACCAGAGAUCCACAGAGACGUUCAGGCAUCAGACCUGCAGAGGCAAUAAUCCAUCCAUGGCAACUAUCAUUCCAGUACUCCUGCGGCUGCUGCUCCUGCUGCUCCCGCUUCCCCUGAUCCGAGACCACCUCUGGGCGCCGAGCCACCUCCGGCCAACGCCGCAGGACGAUGCGGGUGAGCUCCACCCGAUCUUCCUGGUGCCCGGGGCGACCUGCAGCAACGUGGAGGCGCGGCUCACCGAGGCGUACCGGCCGUCGGCGGCGCACUGCGGCGCGAUGAAGGGGAAGGGAUGGUUCGGGCUGUGGGAGAACAACACGGAGCUGCAGGCCCACGACUACGCGGAGUGCUUCCAGGAGCAGAUGGCCCUGGUCUACGACCCCGCCGCCAACGAGUACCGGAACCUGCCCGGCGUCGACACCCGGGUGCCCAACUUCGGCUCCGUACGGUCGUUUGGCAGCAAGGACGUUUUUAACCCAGAAUGGUGCCUUGCGAGUCUUAUAGGGGCGCUGGAGGAGAUGGGAUACCGUGACGGAGACAACAUGUACGGAGUUCCUUACGAUAUCCGUUACGCUCCUCCAAUCCCUGGCCAGGCGUCCCAAGUCUACUCGCGCCACUUCAGGGAGUUCAUGGAGCUCGUGGAGACAGCAAGCGAGAAGCAGCAUCACAACAAGAAGGCCAUCAUCCUCGGGCAUAGCCUCGGUGGAAUGGUGGCGCUAGAGUUCGUCAGGAACACACCGUCGGCGUGGCGAGACAAGUACAUUGAGCAUCUCUUCCUCGUCGCACCUACGCUCUCCACGGGGUUCGUGCCCACCGUGAGGAACCUCGUCUCCGGGCCGAAAGAUCUCCUCCACGUCGCGAACACGACGGCCUUGUCUCUGAGGCCAAUGUGGAGGAGCUUCGAGACGAGCAUUGUCAAUGUUCCAUCUCCCGGGGUGUUUGGGCACGAGCCGAUCGUGGUCACUAAGCGGAGGAACUACUCCGCGUACGAUCUGGAAGAUCUCCUCGCCGCCAUUGGUUUCAGCGAUGGCAUCGAGCCUUUCAGGAGACGGACGAUCGCACGGAUGAACUACAUCGAGGCGCCCAUGGUGCCGCUGACGUGCAUCAAUGCAGUGGGGAAGAGGACACCACGGCAAUUCGUAUACUGGGAUGGUAACUUCGACGAUGAACCGACAGAAAUAGUGUAUGGUGACGGAGAUGAUUCCAUCAACCUGGUUAGCAUGUUGGCGUUCGACGAGGAAAUGCGUCGGCAGCCCGGACAGAAGGGGCGAUUCAAGUCGAUCAAGCUCAAUAAUGCUUCUCAUGGUUCAAUUCUUACGGAUGAAUGGGCACUAAGGAGGGUCAUGCAAGAGAUCUUCUUGAAGUGAAUUGGAAUUCUUCGUAGGCUCUUGUGGCUAUAAACUUCUGUUCGAAGUCAUUUAAUUACAAGCAUAUAUACGGUGGUUCUCGGAUGUGUUAUAGGAUUGUACACGAAGAAUAAAACCUAUCGAAGGGGGUAAAUGGUACAUAA